AUAAAAGAAUUAUCCCAUCUACUUAGUUUUGGCCCAAUAGAAAUUUAACCCAACCCAUAUCCAAACCCAUAAUUCUACAUAACCCUACUCUUCCAGUCUUCCUUCUCCAUUUAUAAUCAUCAAUGAGAGGGGAGGGGUGGAGAGGCUUACAGAGAGAAAAGGAGGCGCAGAGAAGCAAAUCACCACAAGCAUGGAGUUGCAGUUAUCAAGAUAAAAUGUAUGUCUACGGGGGGAAACAUUACAGUAUUGGAGGUGUCCCUAGGCUUCUCAGGCCAUAUCUUCUUUUUUUGGGAGAUCUUCACGCUGGAUACUCGAGUCCGUGAUGGGGUCUAGCCUCUACCAAUAAAAAGGUGUGUCCUUCAUUUAUAGUCAUGUCCUCUGGCUUAAUAAAACCUCAUAUUUCCCAAUCUUAAACCCCAACCCUGCCCAUGCUCGGGGAGAUGCUGCGACACGCAAAGAGGAAGCACCUAGUCAGACUAAGGCUCUUGGAGAUGCCGCGGCACACGAAGAGGAAGCAACAAGGCAGCAGACUAAGCGGUGGCAAGAAGAAGAAGAAGAAGGUCUGUAGACGAGAAGAUACUACUGGCUCAAUUGCUGGUGACGAUCAAUGGAUUGUACCGCCAGUCUCCGGGACCCCUCCCGGAGAAGUUACAUGACUAAAGGAAUCUAUGCGGGUAAGGGGUGUUUUCUGGGCGAUCUUCAGGUUCUAGACUUGAAAAAUUGGUCUUGGUCAAAGCUUGUUGAUGAGGAUCACAAGUGGAUUCUUUCUAGAUCUAUUGUCGGUCAUCCUGGCCCGUCAUUGGUUAGUACUCUUCAUCACCUUCUUUUAACAACUCUGCUGUUUUGUAAA